GUCAUCUCUAUUACUUGACAUUGAAGCUGUCCACUUUACAAGUUCACUGCGAUUCCCAGCUUGCCCAUAAUUCAAGGGUAAAUGGAGAUCGAUAAGGCAAUCAGGGAGUGUGACGAUGGAAGGCUUCGCACCAAGUACAAUAACUCCAUCUACGUUAUUCAGAGAGCCUUGUCCUUAUACUCAAUAGAGGAGGUCGCCUUUAGCUUCAAUGGUGGAAAGGAUUCAACAGUUUUGUUGCACCUACUCAGAGCUGGAUAUUUCUUGCAUGAUGGGGGACAAAAUAGUCGUAAUGGAAGUCUAAAAGAUUUUCCAAUUCGAACAAUUUAUUUUGAGAGUCCUUGUGCAUUUCCAGAGAUCAACUCGUUUACCCAUGACACAGCAGCCAUCUACGGUUUGCAAAUUGACAAUAUUUGCUUAGAUUUUAAGUCUGGUUUGGAGGCCUUGUUAAAAAAUAAGCCAAUUCGAGCUAUUUUUCUUGGAGUCCGUAUCGGCGAUCCUACUGCGAUAGGUCAAGAACAAUUCUCACCUAGUUCACCUGGGUGGCCGCCUUUUAUGAGAGUGAAUCCCAUUUUAGAUUGGUCAUACAGAGAUGUGUGGGCCUUCCUUCUAACUUGCAAAGUGCAAUAUUGCAGUCUUUAUGAUCAAGGUUAUACUUCAAUAGGGAGCACACAUGACACUGUUCCCAAUGCAUUAUUAAGCAUCGGCAAUUCUUCCAAUGAAUUCAAACCAGCAUAUAUGCUCUCUGAUGGAAGACUAGAGAGGGCCGGGAGGGCUAAAAAGUCAUCUAUUUGGAGACAAAUUCCAGCUAAUAGCAAUGGCUUGAAUAGCUUGGACUUGCAUAAAACUAGAUUACUCACAGCAUCAGUAAUUGUUGUGGGGGCUGAGAUUCUGUUUGGUACUGUUGAGGAUCAGUUGGGACCUUCUUUGUGUAGGAAGUUGCAUUCUGUUGGUUGGUCUGUGUCACAAGUUUCUGUUGUUCACAAUAAUAUAGAUUCUCUUGCUGAAGAAGUUGAACGGCAGAAAUCUACUUGUGAUAUGGUUACUAUAUGUGGAGGUGUAGGUCCACUGCAUUCAGAUGUCACAUUAGCAGGCAUAGCCAAGGCUUUUGGUGUUCGUCUGGCUCCUGAUGAAAAUUUCGAAGAAUAUCUUAGGCAUACUAUCGGUGAUCAGUGCAAUGGGGACUGGAAUAAGAUGGCUCAAUUGCCUGAAGGCAUUACCGAAUUGUUGCAUCAUGACAAGUUAUCUAUGCCUUUGAUAAAGUGUCAAAAUGUAGUAGUUCUUUGUGCAACUGAUGCUUUGGAGCUGGAAGAGGAAUGGGACUGUUUGAUUGAGUUGACAAAAUCUUCUGACCUGUUCGCAUUGCUGAAAGCCUAUGUGUCAAAGAACGUGACAACAAACCUUUCAGAUGCGGAAAUUGCUCAACCUCUAACAAAGCUUUGUCUUGAGUGUCCUGAUCUCUACAUUGGUACGAAAUCUGUGAACUAUGGUGAAUUUGAGCAGCACAGAGCUCUGCUUUUAUUUCUUUCCCGUUAUAUUUCAUCUUUUCAACGUACAGGGUGUUACCGCAAAUCCAGAUAUGGACCUCUGGUUAUAAGUUUCACAGGAAAGGAGCAAGCAGGCAUUGAGUCAGCUGUAAAAGCAUUACAUGAGAAGUUUGGGUCGGAUGCUUUCAUGGAUAUAGACUAAGAUUAUGAAGAUUUUGGCAUUCUUGUAAGAACCAUGGAGAGGGAGUCAAAGCUGCUGCCUCGGUAGAACAACAAAAAUAGCAGAAACUGAUGACAUAAAACUCUGACUUGGGAUUUGGACAACCAAACCCUUCUUGUUGAAUUAUCAGAUGAGCUUAAAUCAUAGCACUUAUCCAUAUAGGCUUUAAUUUUUCAUAGGAAGUCCUCCGUCUGCACCAUUUAGUUAAUGAAGCUAACUACAUCCUCUGCAAUAGCUGCUUCUGUCCAGAUUACAACAUAAAUAUAUCUCCCAGCUUUGUUUGCUGUAUCUAUGUUU